GAAUACACCCUUAAAUUCUACCAGACUAAUGUAUGAACUUGCGCCCACAGAACAGUAACUUCAAAUUGUAUCCACUGUAUUACACUGAACGUAUUUGACCAGCUAAUUUAUUUGUUAUCAUAUGCACCCCGGUUGGCACUCAGACGCUGUUGUGAUGCAGUUAAUGAUGCAGGAGCUGCUGUACUGGAUAGGCGCUCUCACCGUGGCCUGGCUGUCGGUGUGCACACUGCGCCAUCUGCUCAUCGGACUGCGGGUGUGGAUCUUGGGAAAUGGGAAUCUAAUUACAGCUUCCAAGCUUGGAAAAUGGGCAGUCGUAACUGGGGCCACUGAUGGUAUCGGGAAAGCCUAUGCAGAGGAGCUGGCGCGACGUGGUUUUGCCAUUGUCCUCAUCAGCCGCACGCAGGAGAAACUCGAUGAGGUCUCUAAAGCUAUUGAGAGUAAAUAUAACGUCGCGACCAAAACGAUCGCGGCAGACUUUGGAUCAUUGGAUAUAUAUCCCAAGAUUGAAUCUGGACUGGCAGGGCUGGAGAUUGGAAUUUUAGUGAAUAAUGUUGGAGUGUCCUACUCUUAUCCUGAGUUCUUCCUCCAGGUUCCCAAUCUCGAUGCUUUUAUCAACAGCAUGGUCAAUAUCAACAUCACGUCUGUCUGUCAGAUGACACGGCUUGUGCUGCCGAGAAUGGUGGACAGGUCAAAAGGUGUCAUUCUGAACAUUGCCUCUGCCAGUGGCAUGUACCCUGUUCCUCUCCUCAGUCUUUACUCCUCGACUAAGGCCUUUGUGGACUUCUUUUCUCGUGGGCUGGACGCUGAGUACAAGAGCAAAGGCAUCAUCAUUCAGAGUGUGUUGCCGUUUUUUGUGACGACCAAACUGAGCAAGAUCAGGAGGGCUACCUUGGACACCCCCACCCCCGAGCGUUAUGUGGCAGCUGAGCUGAACACGGUGGGACUGCAGUCUCAGACUAAUGGAUACCUGCCACACGCCAUUAUGGGCUGGGUGACCACGGCAUUGCUCCCUACCACACUGCUCAACAAAUACAUCAUGAGUUUGCAUUUGUCUCAGCGUGCACGCUACCUGAAAAAAAAGAAGCAAGGUUAAAGAAUGGCAGGAAGAGGGAGGAGGAUAGAGGGAUGAAUGAGAUGGAGGAGAGGACCAGCAGGGAAAAUCUUUUCCUGUCACCGUCAGAGACCAAGAACUGUCUUCCACCUUUUUUCAUCUUACAAUGCUUCACGCUACGUUGGUUUGAUUUCGAGGUUGAAUAUUUUAUGUGGAAUUUAAGCACUUACCGGUAGUGGGUAACCAAAAUAUAGUUGUUUUUUUUUUUUGUUUAUUGCCAAGCAGUCCUGUCUUUUCUGAUAACAUACCCCAAAGACACUGUAGUGUAUCCAGGUGAAGUUCAGAAAAAAUUGUUAUUUAUGAUGUGCAUAAAAUCUCUUUAAUAUUGAUCAAAUGAGAUGAUUGACCAUUUCCAUAAAUCAUUUUUUUGUUCCUGAUUCUUAAAAGCAGAGACAGUGGCCCUGUCUUAAUGUGAGCAGUGUCUAUGAAAUGUUUGAAUAUCUUCAGGGUAGGAUUGUUUUCUUUUUUUGUGUAUGUGGAUGUUUCGUAUGAUUUAUACUGGAAGCAUGUGCUACACUGUGAGCUACUUUUCAUAUCACAGAUGAUAUCCAGUGUAGCUAGCGUAACCAGUGUUUACCAAUAACACAUAAACCACACAGUAAAUUUGAGCAUGUAGAUUUUACAGUGAAUAUUUUCCCGGAAUUGCAUCUGUGGAAUUAACUCUUUAAUGAUUUCACAUUUCAUGAAAAUAGUGCUCUACGUAUUGCCAAAAUGUUCCAAACUCUUGUACAGUUUCAUUUAAUGAGAUGAGCGUGAAUAAUGUGAACACUACAAAGUGCUCAUAACGGUCUUUGGGGUUAAUUUAACACCAGGCAAUGUGCUGUGUACAGUCGUGUUUGAACAUAUUGGAAACACUCAUGCAUCUUUAGUCCGAUAUUUCAGUUGGGAACAUUGAUAUUUCAGUUUGCAGAUGAAUCUCAAUAUUACUUAAGCACUGCUUUUCUACUAACAAAUGGGUUUUAUGUCGUUAUGAAAUGCAUAACUACUUCUGAACUGUGCUCUGAAUGCUUUUAAAGGGCUCUGUUUUCACCGCCUUAAAAGAGUUAUUGUUCCUGUUCCGUUCUCAAGUAUAAAUUUAAUGGUCCUUGUUCUAUCAGAAUAUAGACUGGCUUUCACAGUUUGUAGUGUUAAUACUUUGGGGGAAAAAAUGUCAUUACAACGAGAGGUACAAGUGAUGCAGUGUAAUAAGAUAUUUCUCUGACUCAGAGUCCUUGUGGAUUAUGUCUGGAAAAUAUUAAUUCGUAUUAACUGCAUUUCGUAUUUGUAUUCAGUUCAUCGCCUGCUUCAGUUCACAAUGGCUCCUCCUACUACUGCUCCUUCUCCUCUUUGACAGUUGAAUGAGGAUGUAGUCGUACUUUCUGGGUUCCAGUGUGUCAUAUAAUUUAGAUUUCAGAUGGGAAGUAUUAGAUGAAAUCAAGUUAAAAGCACUUGGUCAUCAAACUUGCGGAAGGGAGCACGGAAUACCGUUCAAUAUGUGGUAUUCCUGCUAAGUUUAUGACUACUUUGUGCUUGUAACAAUAAAUUCAAAGCUUUCAUAACUAA